AGUUUUCGGUGUUUAGGGUUAGUGACGUCGUCGACAAACAAAAAUUGUUAUCACACAUUAUAUCAUUUGAAGUUUAAAUUACAUUAGUCGUAUUCGAUAGGUACAUGGUGGUGUCUUGUGCAGCCUUAGUUCAAAACUCCCGCUACUACCGUCCAGCCUAUUUACAUUGCCGAAGUGCUAUGCAAUAUUGGCGGUAGGCUGUGCUGUCGGGACCCUUUUGAUAUAAAGAAAGAAAUGGCGGGAGGCCAGAAGGCAGUGUAGUAGUUAAAUGCUUAUAGUUUUUGUUACAAGAAGUGCUCAUUUAUAGUAUACUGGCAGAAGUAGUGUUGAAAUGUCGAAUUACAUACACUAUUACGGUUAAAGUCAGCAGCUUUAUGUUCUGUGGUGGGAAAAUUUUCCAACCCAUUUACAACGUGUUGGUAGUAGAACACUACUGCCCUCUGGUGUUUAUAAGUACACUUACGUCGGUGUCAUUGCGGAAAGUGCUCGAGAGGUAUGGAGAAAUGAAAAUCACCAAAACAUUUUAGGUUCUCUCUGUGCCAACUCCAAUGGAGGCAGUGGUGGGAGAGGCUGGUGAAGGAAGUAAGGAGGGAGCCGAUGGCACUGUUAAAACAGGUGAAGUCCGUGUUAAUGGCGAAGUGAAUGGCUCUUGUGAAGAGGAGAUGGAGGUCUGUGGGAAUGUUCCACGUGUUACAAAAUCAUUGACCAGUGAUGUAAUGAGUGAUAAAAGUAUAGAUAUCAGUGAAGACUCGCUUUCAGAUAAUGCAAGUAACUGUAGUAAAGAUUUUAAUAAUGCUGAAAACUUUUCCGUCAGUGAAGGGGAAGAUAUGAAAGUGCCUAACAGUAAAAAUUUGGGUGAAUCAGAAAUGUGCAAGGAUUUGGGAACUGAAGUGCCUAGGGAGGAGGAAGAGGACGAGGAGGAAGAGGAAGAAGAAGAAGAGGCUGAUGAUGGCAAUGAUGAUGAUGAUGAUGAAGAAGAAGAUGAAAUGAAAAACAUUUUAGAUGAGAACAUUGAUAAGAAUGAUGAAAUGGAAGUUGAAACUCAGGGGGGUAAUGGUGUCAGUGAUGCUGAUGAUGUUUUAGAUGAUGAAGCUAUGGACACAGACUUUGUUAAAGAGAUUCCACGUCCUUCUGAUAACCAUGUACGAUCCAGAGAAAACAGUUUAGGUUCAGAUGCAGAAUCGUGUGACGAAGAUGAUGGUGAUCAUGGUACAUCUGAAGAUAGGAGAGAGGAAUUGUUAGCCAGUAGGGACAAAGAUAAAGACUCGUGUAGUUUAGAUAGUAAGGCCCUAGACCUUGAAUGUGAAGGAAAUGUUAGUGCUGAAACUAAACGAUCUGAAAAUGCCAAUCAUGUAGAUAGCUGUAAAGAAGCAGCAGGUAGUUCUAAUCAAGGAGAUAGUUCUAAAGGAGAGUCUACUCAUUCUGAAAGAGAAGGCUGUGUUUCCAAGAAAGUGUCUGAUGGUUCUACAGAAGAUUUGAAACCAGUUAAUACCCUAGGUCCAGAUAUUGAGGAGAUUAGUAAUGAUUCCAUAAAAUCUUCAAAGUCAGUAAAAUCUCCCAGAAAUGAGAAUGCUGAAGGUAAUAGUGAGGCUGCUGAAAAGGAAGAUGAUAAGAAAGAUGGGGACACAGAUGCAUCUGAUUCAAAAAGUGGAGAUGCUCCAGGAAAGGUAAAAAAGCCUCGUAAAAGUGCAACUUUACUGAAUGUGACACCUCGCCGUAGUUCCCGGAAUCUUUGCAAAGCGCAGAAGAGCUAUGUGGAGAAGGAAGAGGACCCUGAUAUUGAAGAGAUCACACCAGAGGAUCCGUUGGCUGAUCCUCUGUCUGCAGAUCCUUUCCGAGAUGACAAGGAAAACAGUAAGGCACGCAGUGCGAGAAAAACCACGAUAGUUGUGAAUGAUACGAAACGCCUUGUAGAAAUAGCUGCGGGAACAAAAGGUAUGAAAGGAGGCAAGAAGGAACCCACGCUUGUUAUUAUAGAUACAAAUUCAAUCUUGUCUGGGCGAGGACCUGUUCCUGUCUCCCAAGGACCACCUCCUCCAGCACAAACAUCACCUGUUCAAACGGGAACAUCAUCUGCUUCAGCAGCUUCGUCAUCAGGGUAUUCAGUACUGCCAGUUGCUGUACCUGCUCAGGGGAUGUAUCCUUCACAUUCUUCUAUGCGCCUGAGUAGUCCUGUACUCCAGCCACCUCCACCAGCUCCCAAACCUCCACAAAUUCUACCUACCCUUACAGAUGAUAUGUAUGUAGUAGAGGCUCCAUCAUUUAUAGUACCUUAUGUGUAUGAGAAACCUCCUAUUACACCUUUAAAAGAGUAUAUAGAAAAACUAGGAAAAGAAAUAGAAGAAAUGAAAGAAAAAGAGAAACAGGAGAGACAAGAAAAGGAAGCAAAGGAAAAUAAUGAAAAGGGAGAAACAGAACAAGAAAACAAGGAGAAACAAAGAGAUGUGGAAGGUGGCAAAGAAGCUGUAACAGAUGAAAGAGAACCAUACAGUGAAGAUCCUGAAAAGAAUUCAAAGGAGAAAGAUUGUAGUAAUGAAACUGAGGAGAAGAAAAAUACCACUGAUGGUGAUGGUGUCAAUAGCAAGGAUUCAUCUGAUGCAAGCCAGAAUAAGAGCAAAAGUGAAGAUAAGGCUGAAUGUAGUGGUAAAGAUGUAAAAGCCAAAGGAAAGGAAGGAGAAAGUGAAAGCCAGGUAAAUUCAGAUGAAGACAAAAGUGGAGAAGAAAAGAGAGAUUCUGAGGACCCAAAGAAGGGAGGAGAUAAUGCAAGUAAAAGUGGCCCUGAAACCCAAAAUUCAGUGUCUGGACCAGGUGAAGACAAGAAAGAUAAAGUUGCCGAUCCUCCUAAGACUGAAGAAAAGCCCACCAAACCACCAACAUAUUUUGACAACCCUUUAGGAAAGUUUUUUAUGCAGAUUGGUGUAAACCUUGUUCAAGAAUAUGUACAGACAGAUUUGCUUCGGUCACAGAAGCGGAAACGUGAACGAGAUGGUGGAAAAGGGGGAGCUGUGACUCAGUUUGCCAUUAAUUCACUUCUGAAGAAUUUGGAACUGAGCAAGGAAAAUAAUGAACCAUUUCAUUUGGAACAGAAGAAGUGUGAGUACUGCAGUUUUAAGACUGAGUCUUCCCUUGUUAUGGCGCAGCAUCUUGAAACACCACACAUGCGGAAUUAUGUGUAUCGCUGCAAUUUCUGCCCAUUGGAGGUACGAAGUCCACAUGAUAUACUCUUCCAUAUGGAAGCUGAACAUAACGUGCGUGGUAGGUUGGAACGUGCUCCAGCGUUUCAUCAGUGCCCUAACUGCCCAUUUGAGGACAAUCAGAAGGGUAAACUGACCCGUCAUUUGUUGUCAUGUGCUAAAAAAUACAAACCAGAACGUAAUCAGGAACCAUCUGAUUGGGAACCACCAGCAAAAAUUCCACGAAUUUCUCGCAAUCGACCAUCUUCUCUUGGACUUGGUGCGGCUGCUUACCAAGCCAUGGCAGGGAAACAAGUUCAGCCUCAUCAUCCCUUACUUCCCAAGCUGGUGCCAGCACCUUCACUAACAUCACCAGGAAUGGGACGUGGUAGAGGAAGACCCCCUAUACAUGCUCGAUAUCACAUGCCAGACAUGAAGGUACCUCCUCAACGUGGCGUUGUACCUCCACAAAUCAGACAAAGCAUGAUGUAUCGGCCUUCAGCAUCGGGCACGCAGCCACAAAUGUUACUUCCCACUACAUAUCAGAUUGCAGGCAAUCAGAUCUACCAGGUGGUGGGCAGCCAGAGUCAAAUGAUGCCCAUGGUACCGAGUGGCCUCUCUUCAGUGCCUCGCCUAACAGUAAUGCCACAGAGUUCUGCCAGCAGUGCUCCUUCAGCACCCACGCCUGUUGCUCUGGUACCUAACAUUGCUGCUGGUAACAAUUCAAUCACUAUACAGAGUGCUAACAACAAGAAUCCUGCAGCAAAACUUCUUCAGCAGCCCAGUAUCUCUAUUACUCCUCUGCCACGACAACCUACAGGGAUUGCUCCAGGCAAUCCAGCCCAUGGUAAACAUGGAACACAUCCUAGUGGCAAAGCUACUUUUGUCAUCUGUGAAAUCUGUGAUGGAUACAUUAAGGACUUGGAACAACUACGUAAUCACAUGCAGUGGAUACACAAGGUGAAAAUCCAUCCUAAAAUGAUAUACAAUAGACCACCUCUAAACUGUCAGAAAUGUCAGUUCCGUUUCUUUACGGACCAAGGUCUGGAACGCCAUCUACUGGGAUCACAUGGACUCGUUACCUCCAGCAUGCAGGAAGCUGCAAAUAAAGGCAAAGAUGGUGGGCGUUGUCCAGUUUGUGGCAGGGUGUAUCAGUGGAAGUUGUUGAACCACGUUGCCCGAGACCAUAACAUGACUUUGAAGCCUGCUCACCUCUCCUAUAAGUGCACAGUGUGUACAGCCACAUUUGGAAUGUACAAACAGUUUGAAAAUCAUGUUUAUUCUGCUCAUAGUGUGGUUGCAAAACGGGUAAUGGAUAAGAAGACCCCGCAAGUUCCUCGACCACCACAACAAAAUGAUGCAAUUCUUAAGCCUCUCAAGAUAAAUGAUGAAAUAACAAUAAUUCCCCAACCAGCUCGGCCUCGCCCUGGUCCAGCAAGUCGCACAGGAGCCAUACCUGCAUGGAUGCAGGAAAAAAACCCUCCAAGUAAGGUUCAUGCUUGUGAGAAUUGCGAAGCAACAUUUGAUGGUCCAACAGGAUUUUCACAGUAUGUGAGCCACAUAAGAAGGCGUCAUCUUCGUCGUUGUGGUGUGAAGUUAUGUCGACUGGAUGGAUGUCCAACAUGUAAGCAAAGGCAUGUUACACAAGCCAUGCUGGAUUUCCUGGAGGAUCAGAAAGAAGGUGUGGAUGUUAUUGAGCUCUCAGAUGAUGAAGUAGUGAUAGCUGGUCAGGGUCGUAAUGAAAUUACUAUCACAAAGGUCUCAUGUGCUCCUGGUCCAAGGCGUUUCAAGCAGCGGUUACAGCAGAGCCAUAAUGUGCAGGUUAUUGAACUUGAAGACUCUCCAGUUAAAAAUAGUAACAAUUCUGAGAGCAGUGCUGGUAAAGAGAAUGGAGAGGAUUCAUUAACUGCAGUGAAGGAACGACUUCGUAGACGGAAGAGCCUGGAGAUCAGUCAGGUAGAUUCUGAAUGUUCAUCUCCCCAGUCUAGUGAUGACAUGCCAGCCAAGAAAAAACGUCGGAAUGAUGAUGAUUGAAGUAAUAGUGCAGUUCUUUCUACUUUCCUAGAUGUUGUGUCAUCCUUGUUGUUGGUUCACAAUCUCUUAGCUGUCAUUUUGAUGGGUAGGGAAUAAUGUAAUUAAAUGUGUUUCAUCAUCUUGAGAUAACAGUGAUACAUAUGGUACUUCAUGUUUUAUUUAUGACACUCUUCUGUAAAAUGCAUAAGGAAUUCAUUGUGCUUACAAGCCACAUUUGAGAUUUGUAACUAGUUUAACAAACUGAUGGUGUUAAUAAAAGUAAACAAUUCCAAUUAUCUGAUCUAGGUUAUAACCGUGGAAAUUUUCCUGAAACGAUUUUAAGUUAAUGUGACAAAGUGUGCAGUGGUUCAGGUGUGUAAUGAAUAUAUGUACCUUUCAAACGUAACCAAAGUGAAUGGAAGUUGUACCCACGUGAAGUGAAGUCAUAGGAGGGAUGUUUGAGUUGGCAACGAUUCAGUCUGCCACUACUUGUGUGUGCAGUGUAGACAGAGUUUGGAACUAAAGCCAAAAUGGCAAAGCAAGUAAAAGGGGGGGAACUAUAGGAAGACAUCAGAAGGUCAACCCUGUCGAGUAUGAAACUUGCAAGACCAUGCAUGUUUGUUGCUCUCCUGCUUUCUCCUUAUUUUUUUACAUUACCUGUGUUUCAAUUGGAGGGAAGAUUUUCGUCAGAAGCCAAAAGGAAUAAGUGAGAGUAUCACCUAUGGUGAGUUGCUUCUUUUAGACUUUUCUUAUUGCUGACAGCAAUAGUAAGUUGUAGUCCAGUAAAAAUGAAUAUCAAGACAGUGUAAAUGGAGUACAAUAACUCGUUUGUGUUUCGUGAGUGUAUUUGGUUUAUAUCAACAUGUGCACCCUAUAUUUUGCUUAAUACUUUAAAGUCCCAGUGAUGCGUCAAAGAAAUAGUUGUGCAGGUAUCCAGUAUGUUAUAUUUUUGAGAUGGCUACUGUGGAGUAUUAGACAUGUUAAAUGGAAAUAUACCUUAGAUGAAGCUGGUGGAAGAAAGUUACAAUUUUGGUUGAAACACAGAACCUCAUUAUUAUGUUAUGUAAUACUGGAAUUAUUGCAUAAUUUAUUAAAAAUAUUUAGUAGGUGACACUGUUGGCUUCUUGUUAGUUUUUUACUCACAUGAACUACAAAUACCUUUAAGUGGUUGCAAAAUACGGAUUCUCAGGAGGUAUGUAGGUUAUACAUUACAUACGUGUAUCUAGCAUUUGUUAGUUGAUAGCUGUUAGUGCUGUCACAGUGCUGUGUUACACGAGCUUCAUAUUACAUCUGUAUGGUAAGGAAAAGUCUAGGAAAUAUGAAUGCAAGUAGAAUUAUUCAUAAUGAAAGUACAUCCAGGUAUCAGAUGUGGAAUAACUUCUGCUGGCUUUCUUUUGUACAUUUCAUGGAUGUGCAGUUCAACUUUGUGUAAAAAGAAAAGGCUGUUUAGUUUAGAAAAGAAAACUUAACAUGGUUACUUCCAUACUGCUUACAUAUUUAACUUAAAGCAUUCCUUAUAUCAGUGAAAAGGAGAGAAAUCUAGAAAGAUCGGUAGAUAGACAGGUCAGCCCAAUUGACUGAGAGCUCUGAAAAGUACAUGAAGGAUUGAUACAUGGCGGGAACUUUUGUUGGUUGUGGAUUGCUGCUUAUUUGCUAGCUCUGUUAGGCUCUUCUGUAUGCUGCAUUAUUUACAUAAGUACUUUGAAGUUUGAGUUGGAUGGGUGUGAUAUCUUGACUUCUUGGAUCAUUCUAUCUUGAGAAGCUGAUAGUUACACAGGCCAGAUAUUCUGUAGCUUUAGUGGAAUCUUCAACAGAUCAUGGGAGCCUACCACUGGGCUGUCGUGAGACAGGUAACUCCAGUCCAGAUCCUCAACCUCUUUUUGAGAUAUUCUUUCAUCUAUACCUGUUCUGUCUCCAUCAUUAGUUUGACACGACUUAAUGUUGCUGAUAUACAGUAUAUUUCACUUUAGUCACUGUGAUGCUUUUUCCUUACCGUCUUGCUGGGUGAAGGAGGACAGUCAUAUUGAGUGGUCCUUACAUAUCUUGUACCUGUUGCUUAAACUGAAGAAUGAUCCCUUGUUUGUCGACUAGUCUCCCUCUCUUGUGUAACCUAUCAUGGGGCACUGCUGUAACUUGGGCACAUUUAAUGCAUAACUUUGUUCAACUUUAUUUUUCCGUCACAACACAACAACUAAGGAGUAUCAAGGUCAAUAACCAGCUAUGCCUCACUACAUGUUUUGGCCGUUAACGGCCAUCAUCAGGUGAAUACAAAUCAAAUACAAGUUGUAUAUUGUAACACAACAGGAUGCAUGAAAUGAAGAUCAUAACUUUGUUGUUACCCCUGUUCUGCAACAUGUCAGCAUUGGCUGUGCUGUAGCUGAGACACUGACUUCUCAUAGCGGACACCUUAGUUCAUUCCCAGGAGAGGCCAGGUGAGAUUCAUGUCAAAGUGGCACUGGAGCAGGUUUCUAGCCGAGUAUUUUUGUUUUGCCAUACUAAUUGUCAUUCCACCAAUUCUCCAUUCUCUCCGUCAUCUGGGAACUGAACAAUAUGCCUGUUUGUGGCUUAAAUGCUAGGAUAUGAACUCGGUCUUACCCAACCCCAAGAAUAAAAGUGAGUGGCAAUAUUGGAUGCUGGCGAAGCAUUCAUAGAGGCGCCAAUCUUGACACUUGUGGGUUGAGGGAGGAGGGGAUGGAAACAGACCUGCCUACAGUGUAUAACAUCAGUUCAGAACAUAUUGGUCACUAGUGUACUUGUGUAGUGCUCAGUUGAACGUAACUAAAGCAGUUGUGUUUGUAUCUCUACAGUGCAAAGCAUCAUUUUAGCAGUGAAACUUUGAGUACAGUAAUGUACUUCAUGAAGACAGUGAUAUGGAGCUUGCACAACCACUAUGUACCGAAUAUUUUUGUUCAAGUAGUAGUUACUGAUUCAUUCUGCUGCCAUGCCUUUACUGGUUAUGAGUUCCUGCAUUCCUCACAGCUCUCAAGAUUAGAGUCUUGUAGAAUUUGUUGGAUGAUGGGGAGCAGGGAGAAUUUUUGUUCCUUGUAACUAACCUGGCUACACGGGAUAGAUUGAACCUACUCCCUAUUUUGAUACUGUUACUAACAGGAAAAAGUCUAGAACAUCUAUGUUGUUUUUCUGCAAAGCAUUUAUUCUGCCACACUUAAUUGUUGUGAUUGUUAUGAAUUAGAAAAGGUAUGUCACCUCAAGAAAGUUUGAACUGCAGAUAUUAAAUACAGAGAGAAUAUUCA